UGCUUCUGUACCAGCUGGUCCCCACACCCCCACUAGCCGGGGCGAUACUGCUGGCAAAAAUGCAGAAACAUUAAACGUGUCAUGAUCGUGCACCUGUUCUCCAUUCCAGUGGACAUAAUGUGCAUGAUGUCAUCAGCGUGCGCCACUCCCUCUGAAAUGUCCUACUGUAUUACAGAAUACUAACCGCUUCAGGGAUCACCUUUUGUCUGUCAGCCAGCAGCAGUGAGGGAAGCUGUGCAUGCAGGGCAGGCAGCCUGAGAGCUGACAGGGCCUGGCAGGGUUGUGCGCUUUAGGAGCUCGAUGGCUACCUCCAGGUCAGAGUUCCGACUCAUGCAGCCCCCUCCAUCCGCUUAAUUAGAUCAGAUGCUUGUGAACACCAGCACAGUCUCAGUCGGAACACUCUGGGUCUCCCUCCGCGGCCUGUUGGGGGGGGGGGUGUUCCACGAAAGGCGUCUACCAAGUACCCCAGGUGGCCGGCGUCUACCAAGUACCCCAGGGGGCCGGCGUCUACCAAGUACCCCAGGGGGCCGGCGUCUACCAAGUACCCCAGGUGGCCGGCGUCUACCAAGGACCCCAGGUGGCCGGCGUCUACCAAGUACCCCAGGUGGCCGGCGUCUACCAAGUACCCCAGGUGGCCGGCGUCUACCAAGUACCCCAGGGGGCCGGCGUCUACCAAGUACCCCAGGGGGCCGGCGUCUACCAAGUACCCCAGGUGGCCGGCGUCUACCAAGUACCCCAGGUGGCCGGCGUCUACCAAGUACCCCAGGUGGCCGGCGUCUACCAAGUACCCCAGGUGGCCGGCGUCUACCAAGUACCCCAGGUGGCCGGCGUCUACCAAGUGCCGCCGGGGGCCAGCUUGUACCAAGUGCCGCCGGGGGCCAGCUUCCACUCUACAUGCCAGGAGGCCUGAGGGCCUUGGGAGUUAAUGCUCGCUGUAUGUGUAAAGGGCCCCAGGGGCCCAGGGGGUCAGCAUGAGCCCUAUCUGCUGGGGCCCUCAUGGUUAAUUUGCCCUGCUGGUCUGGUCCAUGACCCAGGCAAGGCUCCAGGGGGCGCUAUCUUUAGUUUUGUCUGUAUUCUAUAUAAAUAACAUCAAAUGUUAACCCUCAUAGUCAAUGUUUACUUUUAUGUUAUGGCCUGACUAUAGACCCAGAGAGACAUGCAUGCUAGUGGGCUG